GUCGUCUCCAACUGUGUUGGCCGCGCGGAACAAAACACUCGACUAAAUUUAGCGAAAAAUACAUUUCUCUGCGUAUAGCUAUAGAAAUGUUUUAUUUUAAAUGAAAUUAAUGAGCAAAUAUUAAAAGGGAAUAUAUAUUUAGCUAAUAUAUAGAGAGAUAACAAUUUGAAGUGUAUUCGGUUAGUCUUUGUGUUUAUAUAACGAUAUAUUUGAUUUCGGAAAAACCUGACAAUGGACUCGGAUAAAGUUGUGGGCGCCAUGGCGCGCUGGUGGCAGACUGUUAGCCAAGAGGAUAAUGAUGUCACGUCACACAAUCCAAUGCUCUACGAUCCACUGGAUGGCGUCGUGAAGACCUCAAAGACCCGCCAAUAUAUUGCAGCUCUCAUCAUUUGUCUGGGCGCCGUAGCUGCGGGCACAGCCUUGGCCUGGACCAGUCCCGUGCUGCCUCAAAUCAGUGCUCCCGUGGUCACUAAUAGCACGCUAGUGACCCCAACCAAUGCCACUGGCAAUGACACUAGUCCUAUUUCUUUACCUAUGCCACACGAUGAUCAACUACAGCUAACUGUCACUCAACAGACUUGGGUUAGUUCGCUACUGGCCAUUGGCGCCUUCUUGGGCGCCCUGCCCACGGGCUAUAUAGCCGAUGCAAUUGGCAGACGUUACACGGCAAUGGCGAUGGAUGUCCCGUUCAUUUUGGCCUGGCUAUCGAUAAGCUUUGCCAACUCAGCCGGUUGGCUGUACUUUGGCCGCUUUCUAAUUGGCAUAUCGACGGGCAGCUUCUGUGUGGUGGCGCCGAUGUACAUCUCAGAGAUAGCUGAGACUAGCAUUCGCGGCACGCUGGGCACUCUCUUCCAGCUGCUGCUCACCAUGGGCAUACUCUUCAUUUAUAUUGUCGGCUCCAUGGUCUCUUGGGUUACGCUUAGCAUUAUGUGCCUGUUCGUGCCGAUUGCUCUGCUCGUGGGCAUGAUCUUUCUGCCUGAGACACCUGUCUAUCUGCUGAAGAAGGGUCGUCGUGCGGAUGCAGCAUUGUCCCUCAAGUGGCUGUGGGGUCGCUAUUGCGACUCGCGCAGCGCCAUUCAGGUCAUACAAAACGAUUUGGACCAGGCGGGCGCCGAUGCCACGUUCUUGGACCUGUUCACCAAUCGUGGCGCACGCAACGGACUCAUCAUCUCCAUUUUGCUGAUGUUCUUCCAGCAAUUCUCGGGCAUCAAUGCGGUCAUAUUCUAUACGGAGUCCAUAUUCAAGUCGGCUGGCAGCAGUCUGGAUGCCUCUAUUUGCUCCAUCAUUGUGGGCGUGGUGCAGGUGAUCAUGACGCUGACCUCAUCGCUACUCAUUGAACGGGCUGGCCGCAAGAUAUUGCUGCUCUUCAGCAGCACCGUGAUGACCAUUUGCCUGGCCAUAUUGGGCGCCUACUUUGACAUGAAGGAGAGCGGCAAGGAUGUCUCGCAUAUCGGCUGGCUGCCGUUGCUGUGCAUGGUGCUGUUCAUCAUUACCUUUUCGGUGGGCUACGGACCCAUUCCAUGGCUGAUGAUGGGCGAGCUCUUCAUGCCCGAUGUCCGAGCCACCGCUGUGGCGCUCACGGUCAUGGCCAACUGGCUGUGCGUGUUUGUGGUGACCAAAUGCUUCGGCAUCAUGAUAACGGAUUGGGGCUCGGACAUAACUUUCUGGUUCUUUGCCAGCUGCAUGGCGUUGGCCACAGUUUACGUGGCCAUAGCGGUGGUCGAAACGAAGGGCAGAAGCUCCAGUCAAAUACAAACCUGGCUCAGCGGACAUUAAAACCGAUUUCUGUGAGAAUCUAGAGGGCAAAAGCCAUAUUACGCAUACGCCGUGUGCCAACUCCUUAGCACAUAGGCAGCCAAUGCCAAGAGACGGGUCUGGCUCAUAUUGCGCAUACGCCGUAUGCCACGCAAAAUGUACAACAUUUAUCCAUAUGGUUUCUCUUCUGAAGUGUAGUUCAAUUAUUUUCUAAGUACUCAGCCAGUAGUUGUCAACUCAAAGAGAUUCGCUUAGC